AUGGUCCCCGGGUCGGAGGGCCCGGCCCGCGCCGGGGGCCUGGUGGCCGACGUGGUGUUUGUGAUCGAGGGGACCGCCAAUUUGGGGCCCUACUUCGAGGGACUCCGCAAGCACUACCUGCUCCCGGCCAUUGAGUACUUUAAUGGUGGUCCUCCCGCGGAGACGGACUUCGGGGGAGACUAUGGGGGGACCCAGUACAGCCUGGUCGUGUUCAACACCGUCGACUGUGCCCCCGAGUCCUACGUCCAGUGUCACGCUCCGACCAGUAGUGCCUAUGAGUUCGUCACCUGGCUGGAUGGCAUUAAGUUCAUGGGGGGCGGAGGCGAGAGCUGCAGCCUCAUCGCAGAAGGCCUCAGCACCGCCCUGCAGCUCUUCGACGACUUCAAGAAGAUGCGGGAGCAAAUCGGCCAGACGCACCGAGUCUGCCUUCUCAUCUGUAACUCCCCGCCGUACUUGCUGCCUGCCGUGGAGAGCACCAUGUACUCGGGGUGCACGACGGAGAACCUCGUGCAGAAGAUCGGGGAGCGCGGCAUCCACUUCUCCAUCGUCUCUCCCCGGAAGCUGCCUGCCCUGCGUCUUCUGUUCGAGAAGGCGGCUCCCCCGGCUAUGCUGGAGCCGCUGCAGGCACCGACCGACGUGAGCCAGGACCCCCGGCACAUGGUGCUGGUGCGGGGGCUCGUGCUGCCGGUUGGGGGCGGUUCGGCUCCGGGCUCCCUCCAGGCAAAGCAGCCCGUCCCCCUGCCUCCAGCCCCGACCGCCGGUCCCGCCCUCUCGGCAGCCCCCCAGCAGCCUCUGCCCGCUGUGCCUCAGCAGUACCAGGUCCCUGGGAACCUCAGCGCAGCUCAGGUGGCCGCCCAGAAUGCAGUGGAGGCCGCCAAGAACCAGAAGGCCGCGCUGGGCCCGCGCUACUCACCCAUCAACCCUCUCCAGCAAGCUGCUCCUGGAGUAGGUCCUCCCUUCAGCCAGGCAGCAGCCGCCUCGCUGCCCACAGGGCCUCCUGGUGCCCCCAAGCCGCCACCUGCAUCGCAGCCGAGCCUGGUCUCCAGCGUGGCUCCCGGCCCUGGCCUGGCCCCCCCUGCGCAGCCAGGGGCCCCCUCCAUGGCAGGCUCAGUGGCCCCAGGAGGGGUGAGUGGCCCCUCUCCAGCCCAGCUGGGGGCCCCAGCACUAGGGGGUCAGCAGUCGGUCUCCAAUAAACUCUUGGCCUGGAGUGGUGUCCUUGAGUGGCAGGAGAAGCCAAAGCCAGCCUCCGUUGAUGCCAACACCAAGCUGACACGCUCCCUGCCCUGCCAGGUCUACGUGAACCAUGGAGAGAACUUGAAGACGGAGCAGUGGCCUCAGAAGCUGAUCAUGCAGCUCAUUCCCCAGCAGCUGCUGACCACCCUGGGCCCUUUGUUCCGGAACUCGAGGAUGGUCCAGUUCCACUUCACCAACAAGGACCUGGAGUCCCUCAAAGGCCUCUACCGCAUCAUGGGCAACGGCUUUGCGGGCUGCGUGCACUUCCCCCACACGGCGCCCUGCGAGGUGCGCGUCCUCAUGCUCCUCUAUUCGUCCAAGAAGAAGAUCUUCAUGGGCCUCAUCCCCUACGACCAGAGCGGCUUCGUCAACGGCAUCCGCCAGGUCAUCACCAACCACAAGCAGGUCCAGCAGCAGAAGCUUGAGCAGCAGCGAGGGAUGGGGGCACAGCAAGCACCUCCUGGGCUGGGCCCCAUCCUGGAGGACCAGACGAGGCCCGGGCAGAAUCUGCUCCAGCUCCGCCCGCCACAGCCCCAGCCUCAGGGCACUGUGGGGGCCUCUGGGGCAGCAGGACAGCCCCAGCCCCAGGGUGCUGCCCCGGCACCCCCAGGAGGUCCCCAAGGCCCUCCAGGAGCAGCCCCAGGCCCACCCCCACCUGGCCCCAUCCUCAGGCCCCAGAACCCCGGGGCCAACCCCCAGCUGCGGAGCCUUCUCCUCAACCCCCCACCGCCCCAGAGUGGGGUUCCCCCACCCCAGGCUUCCCUUCACCAUCUCCAACCUCCAGGGGCUCCCACUCUGCUGCCCCCUCCGCACCAGGGACUGGGGCAACCGCAGCUGGGACCCCCACUCCUCCACCCACCACCCACUCAGUCCUGGCCCACACAGCUGCCCCCGAGGGCUCCCCUGCCAGGUCAAAUGCUGCUGAGUGGGGGUCCCCGGGGCCCAGUCCCCCAGCCGGGCCUGCAGCCCAGCGUCAUGGAGGACGACAUUCUCAUGGACCUCAUCUGA